AUGGCGCUGCUGCGCGUGCGCCACUGCCGCGCGCUCCUGUACUGCCGGCGCGUGCCCCCGCAAUGCCCCGCGUGCGGAGGGGCCUUGGGGGCCGGCGGGCUGCCCUCGGCGCCGGUCCGGCUGAACUGCCCCUUCCGGCACGGACACGGACAGCCCCGCGCGUUCCUCGUCAGGCCCACCCGAGGGUCCUUCCUGCGGGGGUACGACGGGAGCUCCGACCUGCACGUGGGGAUCACCGAUUCCCGGGGGGUGGUGUACAACUAUGACCAGGAGGGUGUGCACAGGGCCCACUCGGGGUGGGAGCAGUGCAUCUCCAUCCCCCUGGUCCAGCCACACAUGGUGGAGCUCCUGCAGCAGUGGGAUAACCUCCUGGAGGAAUUUUCCGAGGGAGAGGCCUGGCUUCCUCACAGGUAUGACGAGCAGGAGCACAACUGCUACACAUUUGCCCUGGCCUUCAUCAACCACAUCUUGAGCAGGCAGGGGAAACAGCCCCUGAGCAAGGGGGAGUUCACAGAGAGGUUCGUGCUCCCCCAGAGCAGAAGAGCCUCCAGGUACCUCACCCUGCACCAGGAGCUGGCACACAGGGACUGCUACAUCGUGCCCCUGCCCAAGGGAGGACAGAGCAGCAGUGCUGAGCAUGAUGAGCUGCUGUACUGAAUCAGCUGCAGCAGGAAACAGGGAAAAGCCUUAAGGCUCCAGAUCUCAGGGGUUAAGGUACAGGAUCUAAUUAGUUAAAAACACAGGUAAUUUUAACCUGAAGGAUACUGACCUUGUUCAUUUGAGUGAAAUGAUGUAUCUAUGAUGUACACACUGCAGAGAGUUUCUGUGGCAACUAUUCAUAUGCAAAAAUGUUUUCUUAUUUACAUUCACUGUGUGCUCUGCAAGGACACUUCCUACCAGAAAUCAAGACUGCUGUGUAAUUAAGGGUUUUAGCAAAUGAACUAUGGUAUCUUCAGCCAUAGCAAACCAAAAUGUUUUUUUUCCUGUCACAUUUGAUUAUUGACGAAUGAAAAAAGGGAAUAUGUGCUUCUGUGCUGCUGAAAUCCAAAUGCAGAUUCACUACCUGCAAAGUUAUUUUCCUCUGAUUACUAAUAAAUAUAACAACAAAGAAAUCUA